GUAUCAGUGCGAGUGUGUAUCAGUGUGUGUAUGUGAGUGUGAGUGUGUAUCAGUGUGUGUGUGUGAUGAGUGUGUAUCAGUGUGAGUGUGAGUGCCCGCUGGCCGCGCCAUGAACAACUGGGACGGCAACAAGAAGCUGCUGCUGGAGUUGUCGAGGGAGGGGGAGAACAGCGCGUGCGCCGACUGCGGGGCUGCAGACCCUGCCUGGACUUCCUACACCCUUGGAAUAUUCAUCUGCCUUAACUGCUCUGGAGUCCACAGGAAUCUCUCUGGAAUCAGCAGAGUUAAAUCCAUCCAGCUCGACUUCUGGGAUGAUACUUUAGUGAAGGAAAUGCGGAAUAAAGGCAACCAGGCGGUGAGGAAGUGUUACGAGGCAAAGGUCCCUCCGUUCUACUACAAGCCCCGGGCAGCCGACUGCAGAGUUCUGAAGGAGCAAUGGAUUCGAGCCAAAUAUGACCAGAAGGAAUUUACCGCAGCCAACAGUCAAUGGCAGGAGUUCAUCGCGUUAGAGCCUGGAGCAGGUGACCGUGUCGGAUGUCUGUGGAAACGGGGCAAGGACAAAGGACGUUUUCGCAGUCGGAUUUUCCACCUCGUGGAGAAAGAGGGAGCACUGCUGUACUACACCAAGGAGGGUGUGAAAGGGCCAAAGGGAGUUAUUCCGUUGUCAAACAUGAACGCUGUCUUCCAGCCGGAGAAGAUAGGGAAUCCGCACGGUCUACAGAUCACCUACCUGAAGGACGGCCACACCAGGAAUAUAUUUGUGUACCACAAAAACGGGAAGGACAUCGUGGAUUGGUUCAACGCAAUCAGGGCAGCUCGGUUCCGCUAUCUCAAGUUGGCGUUCCCCACGGCCAGUGACACCGAUCUCAUUCCCAAAUUAACAUGGAAUUUUGCGAAGGAGGGCUACAUGGAGAAAACUGGUCCCAUGGAAAAGGAACCUUUUAAACGGAGAUGGUUCACCCUGGAUACUCUAGACCGUAAACUGCUGUAUUUUAAAGAUCCGCUGGACGCCUAUGCCCAAGGGGAAGUGUUUAUUGGACACACAGGAUACGGGUAUGAUGUGAAAGCUGGGCUCCCUUCCGGCGUCAAAGGCAACAAGUGGAACUUUGGGCUAACAAUAGUGACCCCAGACAGGAGAUUCCUGCUUACAUGUGAGAACGACCAGGACCUCAAGGAAUGGAUCAAGGCCUUUAAAGAAGUCAUUUCCAAACCCAUGUCUCUUCAGGAUUAUACAGCUGAGGCCACAUUGAGACGAAAACAGAGGCGGUGAUAAUGGAGAUCGUGGGCCCUGGAUCCAGUUCACGCAUUCUAGGAUCAGAAGAUAGCGAUCCAGCUGCAGAUAACUGGCCCUCACUGCUCAGUCUAAUUGCUGCAGGAGUCACUUGAAGUUACUCACAGCUGAGCCAAGCUCCUCCAUCUGUGACUGAGUCGGCCAGAACUUGUUUGAAAGCACAACAUGAUCUAAUCUCUGCCUGCACACGAUCUAUAUCCCCUCCAUAUCCAUGUGCCACUUUAAUGCCACUAUCGUAUCUGCCUCCACCACCGUCAGAACUUAAAUAGGCAAUGUCUGCACUGGAAAUGCGAAGGGAUGCAGCAAGAAUCUGGAACAAGGUUUGCAAUCCUGGCAAAUAGCAGCGAAACACAAAGUACUGUUGACAUUUCAGUGACCGCUAUUGUUCCUGGUUCAGGGCAAUGAAAUGGAUGGCUGUCGUACAAACUGAGUCAUAGUCACACAGCAGAGAAACAGGCCCUGCAGCCCAACUUUGUCCGUGCUAACAUGCUUACUUAGUUUCAAAUCUUUGAUUUGGUGAAUUGGUUAUUUUCCGAGGAAUGAGAUUAAACGUUUCCAACCAGAUGUUUUACAGACUGCAAAGCAUCUUGGACAAUAUAGCUCACCCCCUCCAAGACGCACUGGUCAACCAGAUGAGUAUCUUCAGCAGCGGACUGGUUCCACCAAUCUUUGCACAUCCCCAAUCCUUUCCACUUGUCACUCAAUUUCAUGUUUCAUGUGUUUUAUGACUGUUGGCUGAUCAAUUUCCCUCCUGAGAUAAAUAAAGUUCUAUCGUAUCAUAUACAUUAAAGGUUAAAGUUCCUGAUGAAUCUGAGCAAAAUCACUCCAUUUCAAGCUCAGUCACAGUGAUAAGGGCAUUUCCCGCUGGCAAGAGGCAGUCAAGAAUGUGGUGGUGAAGCAGAUAACAUACGUAACAAAGACAAGUUGUCUUUGCUAUAGUUGUCUAAAGUGGGGGUGAGACCACACCUGGAAUUCCCUAGGGCUGACUUCCAAUAGCUUCAGAUGAUUGGCUGUGCCAAAAUGGUCUCUUAAUGUCAGCAAAACAAGGAAAAUCGUGACCGACAUCAGAAAGCGAAGCAGUACCCACACCCAGGUAUACAUUGACAGUGCCCAGGUAGAGAUGGCCAAAAGCUUCAAGUUCCUAAGAAUAAAUAUCACCAGCAAUUUGUCCUGGACCAGCCACACACAAGAAAGCUCACCGACACCUCUACUUCCUCAGAAGGCAUGGGAAGCUCAGCAUGUCCCCAACAACCUUCACCAACUUCUACAGAUGCGCUGUAGAAAGUAUUUUAUGGAGAUGCCUCAUAGCUUGGUUUGGGAACAGCUCCAUCCAAGACCGCAAUAAAUUGCAGAGUUGUGGACAUAGACCAGACCAUCACGCAAACCAACCUCCCUUCCCUUCCACUGACUCCAUCUACACUUCAUGCUGCCUCGGCAAGACCAGCAGCAUAAUCAGGGACAUCUCAUCCCUCUUCUCCCAGGCAACAGGUACAGUAGUUUGAAAAUGCAUACCCCCAGAUUCAGGGAUCAUUUCUUCCCAGCAGUUAUCAGGCACCCAAACUGUCCUC